CAACCAUUAACGCGCGAUCAAAAGGUGUGGUCUACCCUUUCACAAUGCUCCUCCGUGCGUUCGCAUUUUCAUCCCUUCUCGUCUCCUCGUUAACAUUACACGCAGAGAGGAACAAAACAAUCGCUACAGAGACACAAGGAUUUGAAGGAAGCUUCGUAUUAUAUGAUGAUACCGCAGCAAUGGGCGUCUCCUUGUGGAAACCAAUGCACGCACAAAUACGCAGCACUCACCCAGAUUCCUUGGCGGGUAUUUUGCAAAAAGGGGUGUGAUGCCGAUGGGGAGGACUGGGAGGAAUGCUUGGAAGAAUGCACUGAGAUAUGCUACAAGGAUCCUGUACUUAAGGAUCACCAGUGGAGUGCUUACAUUGACCGAUCUCCUGGAGCUGCCAGUUACUCAGAGGAAUGUUUUCACGCCUGUGUAUCUGGUUGUGGCUUUAAGUUUGAAGUCGAUUCGGAGAAAGCUGACAAAAUCCAACCAAACAGGCCUGUGAAACCAGCGCCUGUGGUUCCAACGCCAUCCCCUCGACCUCCAAUCACUGAAUCUAAUACCAAAAAUGAAGAUUUACCAAGCACUUCUGCAUAGCAGUGGAACAAGAAAACCCACCGCAUCAAAAUUAUAGUUAGUCAGUUAGGUUCUAGUUUUCCUUUAACCUCUUACAUUCCUCUGGGGAAUCCUUAUAACCAGCAACCUCAAUUGCAAUGCAGGCUUACGUCUCCCGUUGCAUGAUAUCUUUUCCCACGAGUGAGCUUCCAAAUUCUGUUGGAUGAUGUAUUAUGACACUCACUUGUAAGUUCAGUCCUUCCUUGCCUGUGAAAGGACAUAGGUUUCUGACAUAGAUGUUUGUCCCGUAUGCUGAGAGUUGCUAAUUGCUAUGUUGUAGUUUUCACUUUGGCUUUACUAGUCAACGAUUUUUGUGAAACGAUGAUGCGUAUGGUGAAACAGGUUGCUGUUGUUUCGGAGAAGAACUUUUGGAGAACUUGUGUUUCUUUGGACUGAGCUCGUAGAAGUAUAUUAGCAGGAUUCAACUCAUUAGGAAUUUGAGAAAUGCAGGGCCUAUUGAUAUGCCAUCUGGAUUUCGUGAAUA